AUGGUGGUGGCAGUGAAAUGGGCAAUAUCAAACAGAACUAUCUGGAAGCAUUUAUUUCCAAUCCAAAGAAUCUUUUCUAGUGCUUGUCACAAAUCUACAUAUUCUUCUUUUCCAGCUGACUACAAUUGCAAGGGAUACCUCGCUUUGACAUCCGAUGACAGGACAGUAGUGUGCUACCACGCUUCUGUGGACAUCUCCUACAAACAUACUAAACCUAUCUCUCAACCAGAUCAUCUGCAUAAUAAAGAGGAAACACACAAGCAGGUGCUGAAAACCAUAUUAGAAGGAAAAUUCAAGGAGCUUGAUCAAGGGCCCAUUAAAGAACAACUAAGCAAGGUGUUCUUCACUACAAAGCAUCACUGGCUCCUGCAUGGACAGUUUCACAGACAUUCCAAGAAACUGAUUCCUCCCAAAGACAGGUGA